AUGCCUUCAGACAGCCCCCCGCCAACCAAAGCCGGCCUCCUCAAGUGGUGGACUCAAUUCACUCAUGCUCAAAAUCGCAAAAAGGAUUCAGACCCGAGUAGAAUUGUAGAUCAGGAGGAACAUCCAGUGUUUCAAAAACCACUCAAAGAGAGUCUGAGAUAUGCAAGCGUGCAGAUUUCGACUGCCAAUGCAAACGGCGAGCUGUACGUGUGGGGGUACAUACCUGUCGUUGUGGCGAAAUGUGGUCUGUAUCUCAAAGAAAAUGCUACAGAGGUAGAGGGAACGUUUCGUGUCAACGGUUCUAAUAAGCGCAUGCGAGAUCUACAAGCCGCUUUCGAGACGCCCCCACGGUACGGGAAGUCGCUGGACUGGAAAAAUGAACACUUUACAACACAUGACGUCGCGAGCGUCUUUCGUAGAUAUCUAACUCAAAUGCCUGAACCUGUAAUACCACACGAUAUGUAUCACGAUUUCCGGGACGUUUUGGGAAAGAAACCAUUCAACCAUGAUGAAGUGAUUGCAACGUACAAGCGUCUAAUUCAACGUAUGCCCCGUGCGAACCAAUACCUUCUUCUCUACGUAUUGGAUCUAUUAUCAGUAUUUGCACGAAAAUCAGAUAAAAAUCUUAUGACAGCCACAAAUCUCGCGGUGAUUUUUCGGCCCGGCCUCAUAUCCCAUCCUAACCAUGAAAUGUCCCCUGGGGAGCACGCGCUGAGCCAACGUGUUCUCGAAUUCCUCAUUGCGCAACAGGAUUGGUUCUUACUCGACAUACCACCGCCACCACGAUCGGAGCAGAGCUCCUCGUGGAAGCCUCCACCACGGCCCCAACACGCGCACACACAGGUACCAAGUGAAGAAGACUCGGAUCUUGUUGUUGUGCCUAGUUCAGAUGACGAGCAUACGUCGAUUGCUGGAGGGUGGAAGCUUGUCGGCCGCGACAGACGGCGCAUUUACCGGCGCCGCACAACGCUAGAAUACACUGAUUCACUCGACAGAACAAAAGAUGUUGAUAGUGGGCAAUUAUCGCCUGUCUUGGAGACACCAACAUCACGCCCUGUAAGCCAAGCUUCAAGUCCUGCAGCAGUAGGAGUGAGCCGAAGUCGAACACUGCCCUCCAAUCGAGGAAGCACAGACGAUGAAAAACACCGCGCUAGGGUGCUCAGAAAACAGAAGCGAACAUCAGCUCAGCCGCGACACCCAACUGCACUUGGGGGUCAUGCGGGUGGGUAG